GGACGUGCUGCCGGCCUGGGCCCGCGGGCGCCGUGGCGGCGAGAUGGUGGAGGCCUGGUACAUGGACGAGUCCCAGGAGGACCAGCGGGCGCCGCACCGGCAGCGGCCCAACCGCGCCGUCAGCCUAGAGCAGCUGCGCCGCCUCGGCGUGGUGUACCGCAGGUUGGAUGCUGAUAACUAUGAGACUGAUCCAUGCCUGAAAGAGAUUCGGAGAGCAGAAAAUUAUUCUUGGAUGGAUAUAGUGACCAUACAUAAAAACAAGCUGCCAAACUAUGAGGAAAAGAUAAAAACAUUUUAUGAAGAACAUUUACACCUCGAUGAUGAAAUUCGCUACAUCUUGGAGGGAUCUGGCUAUUUUGAUGUUCGAGACAAGGAUGACAAAUGGAUUCGGAUUUCCAUGGAAAAAGGAGACAUGAUAACACUUCCUGCUGGCAUAUAUCACCGAUUUACACUGGAUGAGAACAAUUACGUGAAGGCAAUGAGGCUGUUUGUUGGAGAACCCGUCUGGACUGCAUACAACAGGCCGGCUGAUGAUCUUCCUGCUCGGAAACAGUAUAUGAAGUUUUUGGCUGAAGAAGCACAUAAUGGUGUCUGAAACCUGACAGGUGGAACAUCCUGAAGCCAGAAUCAUCUCUCAGAAUAAAUAUGCCUUGUUGUUUUUCACUGAUUAAACUUGUAUUUACACAGGAAAUUGGAAUCACAGAAUCAUAGAAAAAUUUAGAUUGAAAGGUCAUUUGGAGGUCAUUUAAUCCAACUCUGUGAAUUACUAUGCCAGUUUUAAAGCUAGACCAAGUUGCUCAAGACUCAGAAUUUUGGAAGCCUCUGGUGGUGGAGGUCCCACAGCCUCUCUGGGUGCUGGUUCCAGCACUUAGCUGCUCUCAUGGCCAAGCAUUUGUCCUUCAUGGCCGACUCCGUGGUUGCAGUUGUUGUUUACUUUCCUUUCACUGCAUGUCUGAGAGAGUCUGGCUCUGUCUUCUUCACAGUCCCUGCUCUAGUAGGAAACUGUAGUUGGGUCUCCCCUGAGCCUCUUCCUCUCCAGGCCGCACAAACCAGUGCCCUUGGCUGGGCUCCCUUCUGUUAAAUAAGAUGUUCAACAUGUUUUCCUCUAGUUCUGGUGACUGAGGGAUGUCACUUGGAACUACCUGAUAGUUAAACUUCAACCACAGACUGUUCUGAGAUCAGUCGACCUGAGGUUCUUCAUCCACCCAGUAGUUUGUAUCCUCAGUGAGGCUACAAGGCUGCUCUGGGACACACCACUGAAAGCCUUACUGGAGUCAGGCUGAAUGGCACCUGUGGUGUCCCCUCUGUCCCAGAGCCACUGCCCCGGCAGUAGGUGUCAAGCAGAACGUGCCCUUGAUGAAUUGGCAUUGACUGGUUGCUCCCCUUCACCUGGUAUUUCUUGUGCUUGGAACACCUUCCAUAGUGGCUUAUUCUUUAACAUUCCUGGGGACUGAAGCAGGGCUGAGCAGCCUCCAGUUCCCUAGAUCUUCUUUUGUGCCUUUUUGAAGGUGGCAGUAUUAUUUACCUUUUUCUGCCCAAAAAGGUUUUCCUGAUCUCUGUGACCUUUCAAAGAUGCCGGCAGCCUUGCUGUGACAUCAGCUAGUUGCAUUUAUAGUUGCUCAGGAAUCCAUUUUCUAACCGUUUUUUCCUUGGUAUUUCUGGCAGGUAGAAUUGCAAGAGGUGGGCUACAUUAAUAUUCAUUUUGUUCAGAAUCUAUGCUAAUGAACUAUGUAGGAUUCUGGUUUUAAUUAAAAUAAACCCUCUUUCAUUCUUGUCUAACAAUGUUCAUAAGAUAAAUUUGUAUAAUCGAAAUUUUGGUAUGUAGGUUUCCAAGUUCUGCCUUGGUACAUAAAGCUGUGGUUUUCUCAGUAAAAUGUAGCAAUUUGUUCUUGUGAGUUAUUAAUAAAAUUACUUUGACCUA